CCAUGCCGUCAAAAAUGCAGUGCAGUCUGGUGCCGGCACUUCGCCGUCAAAGCGAACCGAUGGAUGAGGCCGGCUGUCCGCUGUACCAAAAGGGAUGGGCGGGCAUACAAACCCCACCACUGCUAUACCUCUCUCACCUUAGCUGGAUCCUGUGGUCCAACGCGGUUGCAGGAAGGCGGUCAAAAAGGCGUAUUGUGUGUACUGCCCAAUAUGUACAGCAGGUUACAGGCCGACGAGUCUGCAGAAACAGGCGCACCUCUUUGUUCUGGCUGCCAAAGAACAAAGGCCAUAGUUUCCGCCUACUCGGUUACGUCCAAGUACUGUAUGCAACCUGGCCACCACAUCGUGUAUGGCGCACAUGAUGACAACCGUUCAAGGAAGCGCGCAAGCGGCCGAGAAAAACAAAUAAGGCAAAGGGGACCCUCCAAGGCACGACGGUGA